AUGGCGGCACCACAGGGAGGCUUUCCUCCUGGAAGCCAGCCUCAAGAUGGGCAUACUCAUCAACAACAACCUUAUGUCGGCGAACAGCAAUACGGAGUCCCAGGUUCUCCAACCCAGCCCGAUGCUUCAGCCCCGGCACCAGGUGGCCUCCACAGCAAAAAGAAACGAGCAUACGCUGGCCAGGCUUAUGAGUUUGGAGUUGGUCAGAAUGCUGCCCUGGGAGGGCAGCUGCAAGGUGGCGGGGCUUAUGGCGAAUAUUCCGCACCACAGCAACUGCAGAGUUAUCCUCAUGGCACUUACGGGGCAGCGCCGGUUCAGGUGGCUCCACAAAUGGUUGGUGGCCAACCUGAGCCAGUGGCUGUUGGAGGAUAUCAACCGCCAGUCGGAGGCUAUCAGUCCCAACCUUCGGUCGGUAUAGGUCAAGUAACGCAGCAAAUGGACCAGAUGAGCAUGGGCGGUCAACCUCCAGUUCAGCAAAUGCCAGUCCAGAGAGGUCAACCACUCAAUCAGCUAUAUCCCACAGAUCUGCUUACACAACCAUUCAAUGUCGCGGAACUGGAUUAUCCGCCACCACCGAUUAUUUUACCCCCAAAUUCUAGUGUCACCCCAUCUCCAACGGCGAAUUGCCCUCCCAAAUAUGUGCGCUCUACUCUAAAUGCUGUGCCGACCACGCACUCGCUGCUAAAAAAAUCUCGUCUUCCAUUUGCUCUGGUCAUCCAACCCUAUGCGUCCCUCCAUGACGCCGAAGAUCCGGUCCCCAUUGUCUCCGACCAAGUAAUUUCCCGAUGUCGACGAUGUCGUUCUUAUAUCAACCCGUUUGUGACGUUUCUCGACCACGGUCAUCGCUGGCGUUGCAAUAUGUGCAACCUCACCAAUGAUGUUCCGCAGGCAUUCGACUGGGAUGCAGCUGCACAAAAGGCACUCGAUAGAUGGCAACGGCCUGAGCUUAACCACUCUAUUGUAGAGUUUGUGGCGCCUCAAGAAUAUAUGGUCCGGCCUCCACAACCUCUCGUUUACUUGUUUUUGAUUGAUGUUAGUUUUGCAUCUGUCACCACCGGACUUUUGGCUACCAGCGCACGCUGCAUCCGCGAAAGCCUUGAUAGAAUACCAAACGCGGAUCGCCGAACUAGGCUUGGAUUCAUUGCGGUGGAUUCUAGCCUUCAUUACUUCACGAUACCAAGAGAUGGUUCGGAGGCUUCAAACCCAGGAAUGCUAGUUGUCAGCGAUUUGGAUGAACCGUUCCUCCCGAUUCCUGGAGAUUUAUUGGUCACACUAACGGAAUGCCGAGAGAACAUAGAACUGUUCCUGGAUAAACUUCAGGAAAUGUUCCAAAAUACUCAAAACAACGGGUCGUGUAUGGGUUCAGCCCUUCGAGCGGGCCAUAAGCUUAUCAGCCCCGUUGGCGGAAAGAUGACCGUGCUGACAGCGUCACUCCCUAACAUUGGUUUCGGAAGUCUUGAAAUGAGAGAAGAUAAGAAAGCUCUUGGAACUAGCAAGGAAAGUUCGUUGCUUCAGACUGGUAAUAGCUUCUACAAGAGUUUCGCAGUCGAGUGUUCCAAACAGCAGAUUUCCGUGGAUAUGUUCCUGUUUUCUUCGCAGUAUCAGGACGUGGCAUCCCUUAGCAAUCUACCAAGAUACACCGGGGGUCAGACAUACUUCUACCCUGGCUGGAAUGCAGGCCGGAGCGAAGAUGCUAUCAAGUUUGCCAAGGAGUUUUCGGACUAUCUUUCAGCAGAAAUCGGCCUGGAAGCUGUUUUGCGUGUGCGUGCCACGACAGGGUUAAGGAUGAGCACGUUCUACGGUAACUUCUUCAACAGAAGCUCAGAUCUAUGUGCCUUCCCUGCUUUCCCCCGCGAUCAAGCAUAUGUUGUAGAGGUAGCUAUCGACGAAACCGUCACGAGGCCAAUCAUAUGCUUGCAAACCGCUGUCCUUCAUACAACAUGCAAUGGCGAACGGAGGAUUCGAGUUAUCACGUUAGCCCUCCCCACGACACAAUCGCUCGCGGAUGUCUUUGCCUCAGCAGACCAAUCGGCAAUUAUUACCUACUUUAGUCACAAGGCAGUUGAGCGUACGCUUGGGAGUGGUCUGGAGCAAGCCCGGGACGCACUUCAAGCCAAGAUCGUGGAGCUAUUGGCAACAUACAGAAAAGAGCUGGCAGGUGGAAGCGUUGGUGGAGGUGGGUUGCAGUUCCCCGCCAAUUUGCGGGGAUUGCCAAUUUUAUUCUUGGCUUUAAUGAAAAAUAUCGGACUUCGAAAGUCAUCCCAGAUCCCGACGGAUAUGCGAUCAGCUGCCCUUUGCCUCCUUUCUACUCUACCACUCUCUCUUCUCAUCCAAUACAUUUACCCAAAACUCUACUCACUCCAUGAUAUGCCUGACGACGCCGGCAUGCCAGACGAGAAGACGGGAGAAAUCAUCCUGCCUCCGCGCUGUAACCUAUCAUCUGAACGCCUCGUGCCCUACGGUCUCUACCUAAUUGACGAUGGCCAGACGCAAUUCCUGUGGGUCGGCCGCGACACCGUUCCCCAGCUUCUCUUAGAUGUCUUUGGCAUUCAAGAGAGGGCGCAUAUGAAGAUUGGGAAGCAAUUCCUGCCGGAGCUGGAAAAUGAUUUCAACGAGAGGGUGCGCGCCGUUGUGCAGAAAAGUCGCGAUCAGCAUUCGCGUGGUGUUGGCAGUAUAAUUGUUCCGCAUCUUUAUGUUGUAAAGGAGGAUGGGGAGCCUGGAUUGCGACUGUGGGCACAGACCAUGCUGGUUGAGGAUCGGGCUGAUCAGGGAGUCAGCUUGCCACAAUGGAUGGGAAUGUUGCGGGAAAAGGUAUGA